AUGAGGAGAACGGCAAGCGCCAAGCUUUAUCGGAUUGAUGAUGAUAUUGAUGAUGACGAUGAUGACGAUGAUGAUGAUGAUGAUGAUGAUGAUGAUGAUGAUGACGACGAUGAUGAUGAUGAUGAUGAUGACGACGAAGAUGAUAAAUUAUUCUCACUUGUCAAUUCUCAUUCAGUUUUUAUUUUCUCCUCCGUAUUUUUUCAUUCAAUUUUUUUGUUUUCCCUAUAUCUAUUCUUUCCCUUCCAAUCUUUUAAUUCUUUCUUUAUUUCUUUCUUUCCUUCUUUUCUAAUUAUCUUCGUUUUCUUCUUUUUUUCUUAUUGUCAAUCUUCUUUCACGUUCAUCUAUUCCUGUUUUCUUUCAUUCUUUCUUUCUUUGGUUCUUUCGUUCCUUCAUUUUUUUCUUUCUUUCUUUAUUACUAUCUUUUGUUCUUUCUUUUUUCGUUUUUUUUCAUUUUUCGUUUUUUUCUUUCUUUCUUUCGUUCUUUUUCGUUUCUUCUUUCUUUCUUUCAUUCUUUCGUUCUUUCUUUCUUUCGUUCAUUAUUUCUGUCUAUCUGUCGUUCUUUCUUUUUUUCUUUCUUUCUUUCUUUCGUUCAUUAUUUAUGUCUGUCUUUUGUUCUUUCUUUUUUUUCGUUUUUCUUUCUUUUUUCGUUUUUUCUUUCUUUCGUUCUUUUUUCUUAUCCGUUUUUCUUUCUUUCUUUCAUCCUUUCGUUCUUUUUUUCUUUCUUUCUUUCUUUCGUUCAUUCUUUCUGUCAGUCUUUCGUUCUUUCUUUUAUCGUUUUAUAUUUCUUUCUUUCUAUCUUUUUUCUUUCUUCCUUUCGUUCCCUCGCUCGUUCGUUCUUUCUUCCUUUAUUCUUUCUUUCUUUCUCCUUUCCUUAUUCAACCCUCACGUUCUUCCUUAGACUUUCAUUCGUCAUUUGUGUUUUUCCGUUUGAAUUACCCAUCAGAGUUCAUUGUAAUUAAUCACAGUUUACAAAUCACUAAGAGUGGGUUCAAUUCACUCUAA